AGAGGUGUUGUUACCACCUGAUGGUACAAACUGCCUCUGGGUACAUUUGAAUGGUUCAGUUAACCUUGUAUGCAAAAUUGAUUGUCCUCGUGUAUUGGACGUUAUUCAAACUUUUUACCAACGACUGGCAGUUCCGUGUUUGCUUUGUAGUCGCUCGUGUAGAACUGCGCCCCUUGUAAUUCUCGCUUUCGUUUAGCCAAUCAUAUUACUCGAUCAGCCCACACCUAUAACACUCCCCCAUAUUGAUCAGAAUUCGACAAAACGACAAGAGCAAGCCGGGACGUGAAAUAUACUGCAUAAUCGAAGCUGAAUCGGUAACGAAUUGUUUUCGAAGUUAAGUCUUCCAGGCAUGUUUCUACGAUAUGUUGCCAGGGGAUUUUCUGCCCAGAGAGGCUUAUCUCUGCUGCUUGGGCGAGUGGCUGUCCGAUGUGCGUCAGGAAUUUAUCCCAAUCCCACGGCUUCUGUAGAAAAUGGCGAGAUGUCGGAUGGAAACAUGAAGUUCAAAUGUGUUGAUGACUUUAUGAACCAUGUUGUUAAGAGAAACCCUGGGGAGCACGAAUUUCAUCAAGCCGUACAUGAAGUGAUAGGCUCUCUUUGGGAUUAUCUUCACCUACACCCAGUUUAUCUUGACAGUAACAUAUUGGAGCGAAUUGUGGAGCCAGAAAGGGUCGUUAUCUUUCGGGUCCCCUGGAGAGAUGACAGCGGAGAGGUCCACGUCAACAGGGGCUUUCGUGUAGAGUUCAAUUCAGCCAUUGGCCCCUUCAAAGGUGGCCUGCGUUUUCAUCCCAGUGUCAACUUGGGAAUUCUUAAGUUUCUUGGCUUUGAGCAAGUGUUCAAGAAUAGCCUUACAACCUUACCCCUGGGAGGUGGAAAAGGGGGAUCUGAUUUUGACCCCAAGGGUAAAACCGACAAUGAAGUGAUGAGUUUCUGCCAGUCUUUCAUGUCGGAGCUCCAGAGGCACAUCGGCCCAAAUACUGAUGUCCCGGCUGGAGACAUUGGCGUGGGAGCAAGAGAAAUCGGUUACCUGUUUGGCCAGUACAAGAAAAUACGCAACGAGUUCACCGGGGUUUUGACGGGAAAGUCUUUCAGCUUCGGUGGAAGUCUGCUCCGACCUGAAGCUACCGGCUACGGUCUUGUGUACUUCACCGCGGAGAUGCUUAACACACGGGGCGAGACCUUCAGAGGAAAAAUUGUCACAGUGUCAGGAUCAGGCAACGUGGCACAGUUUGCCUCAGAGAAAGUGGUGCAGUUGGGUGGUAAGGUUGUUACCCUGUCGGACUCUGAAGGCACCAUGUACGACCACGGUGGUUUAAACCAGGAAAAGAUAGAGUACGUUAAAUGGCUCAAAAAUGUCAAACGCGGUAGAAUUAGCGAGUACGUGGAGCAGUACCCUGACGCAGAAUUCUUCGAAGGAAAACGACCGUGGUUCGUGAAGUGCGACGUAGCUUUACCUUGUGCGACGCAGAACGAAAUUAGCAAAGAAGAUGCGGAGAUGCUGAUCAACAAUGGCUGUCAUGCUGUAGCGGAAGGCGCUAACAUGCCAUCCGAACCUGAAGCGAUUGAUGAAUUCCACAAAAACAAAAUCCUCUUCGGACCAGGAAAAGCGUCCAAUGCUGGAGGCGUGGCUGUAUCGGGGCUUGAGAUGUCUCAGAACAGUCUGCGCAGCGCCUGGACGCGAAAGGACGUGGAUGAGCGCCUCCAUGACAUCAUGGAAAGUAUACACAAAACUUGUGUCCAGUACGGCACGUCCAAAGAUGGAAGCUACAUCGAUUACGUCAAGGGAGCAAAUAUCGGAGGCUUCAUCAAGGUUGCUCAAUCAAUGCUUGAACAAGGAAUUGUUUAGUGAAUUAUUUUAAAGUAUUGACUCGCUUAGAUUUAAGUGUGAGAAUUUCUUCUUACAGUAGAACUAAGAAUUUCUUCUAUAAUAUCAGGUAUUGCACAUGACAUGUCGAACCCGCUUAUUAUACUCGAAAUUUCGGAUUUCUGGAAUUAAUGUUCCAGUUCGCUUAAAGCAACACAAGUCAUAAACUUUGCUUUGGUUACAAAACCAAUUCUUUUUCGCGGCGCUGGUUUAAAAUAACUGAUAUUAGUUAGGCUGACGUUUUACUUCGUUUUUAUUGUUGGUUUCCUCUCAGUUUCAGCGUUUUUUAAAAGACAUAUUGAGUUAAUACGUUAUAGAGGAUUUUGCUAGUACAGUGGGAACACGGAAAAGAAUAUGUCAUAAUAUGAAAUGAUUCAGGAGGAGGAUAAAGACACGAGGUACAGCUGUGAUGGUUCCUCUUGGAUUCGAAUUGUAUCCUCAGUUUGGAAUGUUUCCAGCACAAAAAUGUUUUUGGUUAUAUUCACUUUGUGUUUGCUAAGUUACAAUGAGUUAAAUAAGUUUCAGGAAUAGUUUUAGCUUUGAUAUAAAAAAACCAUAGCAAGACCCUUGUAAAAACCCCAUACAAAGGCAACCGCAAUUGGCAAUGAUGAUUGGAAUUUAGUAUGUAUGGGGAGGGGAGUGGGG